CAACUCCACAACUCUACUCUCCAACUCCACCCUCGCCUUGCUAACAUCAUCCCCGCGACCAGAUUCUUUGGCAACGGCAGCUUCGUCAGUCAGCUGCGCGGCCUGGUAGACAUGGCGACUUCUCGCUCCUCCUUUGGCAGCGGCUCGCCCCCCAACUCAUCCGACUCAACGCCGACCACCUCCCAAGCGCCUGUCGCGUCGUCCAAGCAGCGGCGCCGACGUCGCAUCCACCGUCCGGCCAAGAACUCGCUCUACGACCUGUUCCAUGACCACGCCGGCACCUCGCUCUUUGUGCGCCCCAUCUGCUGGACUGAUCUGCACGCCGAGCUCCUGGGUACCCGAUGGGAAGAGCUGCCGCCAUGCGAUAGCCCGAAGCCCGUCACGAUGCCUGGCUCGCCGCCUUCAAAGGGUCACUUGCGCCCGUCGCAUACCAUCAUGACCCUCAGCGACUCCCUUACCCAGAUCCUGCUCCCCGACGCGAUGCACCCUAUCCUCUGCUCCAACGCCGUCAAGACGGUCCUCAUGACGCUGUGGCCCCAGCCAUUUAGCAGGCCGUACUACCUGCCAGAGUUGCACCUGUACUUUGGUGGUCGCGUCUACCGAGAUGCCGUGCGCGCACAAAUCAUGUGGAACUUUCCCUCCGACGAGACCAAGUCUUCAUACUCGUCCUUUCGCUCAGUAUCGACACGACCAGCCGAUUCUUUCAACGCGCCCACGCACCCUUGCACCCCAUCACAAACCCCAGCUAACCUGCCGAUGGUGUGCUACAUUGGAAAGAGCCAGCUUGCCAACAUUCGAAGGAACCUCUUCCGCAUCGCACCAGGCCCGGGCAGGAGUUGGAACGAGCCCGUGUAUCGUCUGCAGCAACUCAGGGCAAGGUUGUUAGUGCCAGGCAACUCGGACCAUGACGCGCACUUUGUGGGCAUCUUUCUAGCCAUGGCACAGAGGCACUUCUACCCAUUGCCACCACCUUCAUCGCGCAGAGAGUCACCUAUGACACCUCAAAGGGACAUUCCACCAAGUCCGAACUUCCAGGAUGUCACACUGAGAAUCUUGACACACGACACGGAUACAUCUGACUUUAUUGUGUACACGGCAUAUGUGACAAAGGAGUUUCUGGAGAAGUUUCAUAAUCCAUUCAAGGCACCGCGAAGUGAAGAAGAUGCAGAGCUUUCUGGCAUCAAGAUCGAAUUCGCACGAGUACCCAUCUGGCCUAUCCUAGGCCUGCGCGAACGACUCGGCAAGGCGUUGGGGCACGACGUGGUUGGGGAUUUCGACCACGAGGAGAUUGAGACAUGGGAAAAGGACCCAGAGAAGCAAGAGGGCAGCAAGCGAAAACGCGAAGUCUUGACCGAAGUUCUCAACAACAGCUUUGAUGAGGACUCGGGCGAUGAGCCUUCGUUGGGCGCGAAGAAGCGUUGCUUAACUGAAGGUUCCCCGGUCGGAGUGGUCAUGUAACGCUCACUUCCACUGGCGACGAAACAACUUGUUUGAGCACUUGCUCAUCGGUUUGGGUGUUUUCUCAUGAGACGGUACGACUUUAUUUUUGAAACGAUGGUUCGAAUCAAGACUUGGGCCUCACAGGCAUACAUCUUGGACGGUACGGCGUGAAAGGGGCUUUUGGUAGACGUUACAAAGUCAGCAAUACGGAAUAUGGCAUACGGAUACAACAUAUGGGAUAGGCGCGGGAUAGGCGUGGGAUAGAGCGUGUACAUAGCUGGUUUGCGGAUUCAGUUCUUGGUGGAUAUUUUGCUCGACAACGAACACGAUGGAUGAUGAAUAGAAACGACAUUGUUGAGC